GUUUACCUGUUGUUUGUGUUCGGCUUGCACCUGUUUGGUGGCGUUCAAACAAAGCGGCUCAUUCAAUAAACAACUUGAAAGUGUUUCUAAACGAUAUAGAGAAUUAAAGUUAUGUGUUGUACGUAAUUAUAAUUAUUUGAAAAGUUUACAGUGAGUAGUUAAGCGGACAAAUGAGCCGUUUUUCAAGAAGUACAUUCAGUUCAUCAAUCAAUCGGCGGUCCAGCUCGGCAAGCAGAACAUCGCUACCAUAGCAACCCAAUGUUCAUGGUUCGAAGUAAACAGAAUAUUUUCAGUCUGACUGGAUACGCAACCUUUUUUCGUUCGGUAUCGGCUAAACAACUAAAUUUAAAGAAAUAUGAUUAAUAUUGCGAAAUAGUUGAACCAAAAAAGAGCCGUGUUAGAAUCAUCUCCAACUAAGCGUAAAGAUAAAAAUGAGCAGCGAAAAGGUUCUUUAUCGUCAUGAGGAGCCGCACGGUCAAGGCGAUGUAUACUUCUUGUGGCAAACUGGCGCCUCGGCACAACUGUUGGCUAGCACCGGUAGCGAUGGCACGGUGGCUAUAUACAACCGCCAGGGGCAACUACAGGAACGGAUUGUACUGCAAGGGCUAUGUGCUGGAUUUGCCUGGGAUCGGGAUGGUGACGUUCUAGCGAUGAUAACGGCCAGUUCGCACCAGCUUAUUAUAUGGGAUUCGAAUUCGCAGAAAAAACAAACGGUAGACAUAGGACUUCGCGAUCUACCAAGCUGUAUAAUAUGGUCCAAAAAGAUAGCCAUUCUUGCAGUAGGUACGGCUCGCGGCAACCUGUCGAUUUACAAUCACAUCUCCACGAAACGCAUACCGAUACUUGGCAAGCACACAAAACGCAUCACCUGCGGUGCAUGGUCGACGGAGAAUAUUUUAGCUCUGGGCAGUGAGGACAAGUACCUUACGCUCAGCAACGAAGAGGGCGACACGUUGCGGUCGAUCCAGCUGCGAGAUUGUCCGAGCGAUAUGUACUUUGCCGAAAUGAAAACGGACGAACGUGUUCCGGGAGAAAAUACGAUCAGUAUGAUACUGGGGAAACGGACACUCUUUCUCUACCACUUGCCCGAGCCGGACUCACCUACGGAGCUUGGGUUUCAGCAGCGCUACGGAUCGUUACUGCAGCAUAAAUGGUUUGCCGAUGGGUAUAUAUUGUUGGGAUUUAGCCUUGGUCAUGUUGUAGCUAUUUCGACUCACCCGCGUGAGGUAGGACAGGAGCUAUGGCAGGUAAAAAACCAUCGCGAUUCGCUCAACAGUAUUGCAGUAUGCAAGGAGCUGGAGCUAAUUGCUUCUUGCGGCGAUAACAAUGUAAAAAUCCAUUCCAUGACUAAUCUACAAGAAACUGUCAAGAUUCUCAGUUUACCGGACCAAGCAGCGCUAAAGCACGUCGAAUGGAGCGCUGACGGGCAGUUGCUUGGUGUUACUACGUCACAAGGAGCAAUAUGCGUGUUUGUAACGAAGCUACAUUCCCUGUACGCCGUUGCUCCACCACGGAUAGCGCUUUUGUCGAGUUUGGCGGAGAUUGCAAUUUAUCACUACACGCCCGAUCGUCAGAAAUCGCCACCGGUGCUCAUAACGCUGGAAAUUGAACCAUCUUUCCUGACGAUCGGUCCAUACCACAUGGCAUGCGGUAUGAACAACCACGUUUGGUUCUACGAUCUAGGCCGGUCGAUGACUGACACUCCGCUACUACUUGGUGAUCGAGAGUACAUGUCGGAGAUCAAACAGGUCGCUCUUAGCUCAGAAUAUUGUGCUGUUCUUUGUGGUGGACAGAUUAUGUUGCAUACGAUCGAAUCUUCCACCGAAACAUCGCAGAAUCGAGAACCAAAAAUAUUUCCCGACGAAAUACGCGGUAUAGCAGAGUCGGUUAUCACGUGCCUUGGGCUAACGAAUGAUUUUCUAUGCUUUGCUACAGACCUUGGAAAUAUUAUUUACUUUUCGCUUGAAAACUGGUCCACAGUGUUGCAGUUUCGCCAUCAAGCUGGCAUUCGUGCAAUUUAUCCGGACGUUGACGCCACUCGGCUGGUAUUUAUCGACGACCACAGUCAGGGUUAUCUUUUUAUUGCAGCAUGUGACGAAACGUUGAGAAUACCAGAUUUCCCCAAACAUUGCCCCGGUGUACUAUGGGACUAUUCUCAGCCACACAUUUUUGUGGCCAACGAUCGAAACACAUGCACCACGUAUGCAUUUGUGCGAGUGUCUGUUAAAGGGAAGAUGGUUGAAAAGGUCGGUACGACAAGUUUGAUCAGUGAACAGACACCGCUCAUGCUUUACGAUGGAGAUCUGUGCCUGCAUGGUAGCGGAGGAAAGCUAACUUCGAUCGUACUGGACACGCACGCCAACAAGCCGGGCCGGGAUGUGAAGGAGCAGCUACGUACGACGAAACUCAUGCGCAAGUACCCGGAUGCCUGGGAAUUAUGUAAACUGAUGAAUGAUAUUGACGAAUGGAGGGAGCUAGGAAUGGCUGCAAUCGCAGAUUUAAACAUAUCAUUUGCAAUGAAAGUUUUUCGCAACAUUGGGGACGUUGCAAUGGUGUAUGCGCUAGAGGACCUCAGCCAAAUCGAAGACCUUAACACGCUGGCCGGUUUUUGUGCUGUACUUCGGAACGAAAUCGAGGAGGCUAAAACACUGUUCGCUAAAAGUGGCAACCCGUCCGAGGCGCUCGAGUUGUGCCGGGAUCUACUCCAAUGGGAACAAGCCAUGGCAUUGGCCAGUACGCUUGCUCCAGAACAGCUACCCUUUCUGGCGCGAGAAUAUGGAGCACAAUUAGAAUUUACAGGAAAUCACGCAGAAGCGUUAAUGAACUUUGAGCGUGGCCUUAAGCAUACUGAGACAGGAUCGCCGGAAUCGAAACAGCAGCAAUACGAGCAGCACGUGAAGCUCUGCAAGGCCGGCAUUGCUCGAACGAGCAUCAAAUGUGGCGAUGUGCGACGCGGACUUCAGCUGGCACUGGAGCUAAACGACAAACAACUGUACAACGAUUGUGGUGAAGCAAUGGUCGCAGCAGGGCACAUGGCUGAGGCAGCAUCUAUGCUGGAAAGGGGAGAAAACUGGGACAAGGCAGCGGAAAUAUUCAUUAACUUGAAACAGUGGAAAAAGGUCGACAAUAUCUUGCCCAACGUUGUGAGCCUUAAAUUACAUGCAGCUUACGGUAAAGCAAAAGAAGCUGAAGGCCACUACGCUGAUGCAAUCAAUAGUUACCAGCUGGCCGGAGAUCUGGACGGUGUAGUUCGAAUAUAUCUACAGCACCUAGACGAUCCCCAUUCGGCUUCGGAGAUUUUGCUUGAGACGCGAUCGGUAGAGGGUUCCAAGAUGUUAUCGAAAUAUUUUGAGCAACACGGUGAUUAUGAAUCUGCAAUACAGUUUCUAAUACUGUGCGGAUGCAUAACGGAAGCAUUCAGCAUAGCCCAAAAGCAGAACAAAAUAGUGUACUAUGGAGAGGUACUAGAGCAGAGCGCUGCUGCGAAACCGGGCGAUUUUCUGCAAUUGGGCGGACAUUUUGAUACUGAGAAGUACACGCUAUUAGCCGGCAAGUACUAUUUCCUUGGGAAGGAAUAUUCCAAAGCACUCAAACUGCUACUGAAAGCUGCUUCGGUGGGAAAUGAGGAAAAUACAGCCCUGUCGCUAGCCAUUGAUUGCGUUGCAUCGGCAGGAGACGAAAAAUUGUCCAACGUCCUAAUUGAGUACCUGCUGGGAGAAUCGGAUGGUGUACCGAAAGAUCCAAAGUUGUUGUUUCGGCUAUAUAUGGCCAAACGCCAGUUCAAGGAGGCGGCAAAGGCAGCAAUGAUUAUUGCCAAUCAAGAGCAGAUUGCCGGCAACUAUCGCAGUGCCCACGACUUGCUCUUUUCUAUGUAUCAAGAAUUGAAACGCAACCAUCUGGCCAUUGCAACGGAUAUGAAAACGACGCUCGGUCUACUCCACCGAUACACAUUGGUCAGAAUUCAUGUGAAACGGGGAAACCAUUUACUGGCAGCAAAGUUAUUGCUGCAGGUCGCAAACAACAUCUCUCAAUUUCCCUCACAUGUUGUUCCUAUUCUGACCUCUACCGUCAUAGAAUGCCAUAGAACUGGGCUUCGAAAAUCUGCCUUUGAGUACGCGGUCAUGUUGAUGCGCUCCGAACAUCGGAGCCAUAUCGACAGUAAAUACAUCAAGAAAAUUGAAUCCAUAGUGAGAAAGGCUCCGCGUGGACAGAUGGAGGAUGACGGCGAGCAAGAGUCGAGCCCAUGUCCAGUUUGUGAAACACCGCUACCCAACAUGCAUAUAGUUUGCGGGCAGUGCAAAACAACAUUACCAAUUUGUAUUGCGACGGGACAGCACAUUGUUCGUGAUGAAGUAGCAGCAUGCCCCGAGUGUGAUUUCCCUGCAAUGAAAGUGGAAUUUAUAAAGAUACUCGAAACAACCAAUAAUCAAUGUGCAAUGUGUGGAGAAGAAAUAGAUGCUGGAAGACUGGUAGAUAUAGAUGACAUUCAACAUUACAUUAACGCUGGUACUUAAGAUCUCACAUGAUGUGUUUGUGAUUGAAAAUUGAAUUAAUAUUAGUAGCUCUCGUACCAAGUUUUUUAUUUCUUAUAUUUAAAAGUACACAACCUAGUUUAAAUGUAUAAUAUGUAUAAAACUAAACCAUGAAAACGAGAAUAUAUGUUUCUCUAACUACGAAACAUCGUUUUAAAUACGGUAACGGUAACGAUAACGGUAAUACAUAUUAUAAAGAAGUUUUUUAAUGAUCGUUUAACUGCAAAAAACGCUCAGAAACGUCUACUAAUCUAAAUAAUUCAUUUAAUUUAAUUUUUAUUCAUCACAGUGAACUAACUUUGCCAGCGGCAGCCGAAAAAACAUCAUAUUUUAGGCAACCGGGCUAUCCGGGUAGUCAGCAAGUUUGAAAGCUUAAAACUGUAUAAUGCAAAAUCUAAUAUAAACUGCAAUGUUCAAAUUAAAAAUUAAAUCAAUUUUUCUAGUUUUGACAACUAUUUAAAAAAUGGCUCUACUAAUAGCCGUUAUUAUGUUAAACUGUUUCAACGGUCACAUUCUUUGUUUUCUUAAACAUAAAAAAAACAAUAAUAAUUAUUGUACUUUACACAUUCGUUGGGAAAUAAAUGACUUCACAGUUUUUACAACUGAUUAUUGGAUAAUCUUAUUUAUGAAACAUGAAAUAUUUAUGUUAAAAUAGCUAAAUAAUUUGUUUCCACACAGCCUUUUCUCUGAGUAUAUGUACUUUUUCAUAAAUUUACAUUGAACUGGAUUGAAUAAACAUAUUUUAGCUAAAACGCUCUCUAUCACGCACACAUUUCCUGUCUGGAUGCUCCUUGGUGCAUAGAUGCACUAUAUGUAGAGGAAAGCGGGGCAAAAUGGGCAUGUUAAGCAGUUUACUGAAUAUUCCAUUGAAUAUGCCACAAAACACAAUUAUUCAUGCAUUAUUGUAUGACUCCACUAUUUAUCUAUGGAUUAAAAUUGCCACAUAGAAUGAAAACAACUUAAAAUCAUGAAAACAGUGUAAAAUAAAAGUUGAUGUUUUACGAGAA